AUGUCUAACGACUGGCAUUUAAAUAUUGUAAUUGUUGUUAUUACAAUUUUGUUCGCGCAUGCAUUCGUACAAUCAGAAAAUGUCGAAGAAAAAAGUUUUGCCACUUCAGUAGCGGGUUUGGAACAAUUGUUAUUGACGGAACAGAUUUUAAUUGAAAAUGUUGACAACUAUGCUGAUCGGUUGCAAGCAAAAGUGAAUUCAUUGAAAAAUUUAGUGCAACAAUUAAAGGUCGAAAAUGAGAAAGGUUUACAAAAUACCGAAAAAUAUCUACAUAAUCCAUUAAAUGGGUACUCUCUAAUACGACGAAUGCAUAAUGAUUGGACCCAUAUUGAAAUGUAUAUGACACGACCAGUUGGGGAAGACCAUAUAAAUGUUAUACGAAAAUAUCGGCCAGAAAUGCCAACAUCAACGGAUAUAACUGAAGCAUCUGAGGCUGUAUAUCGUCUGCAGUGGACAUAUGAUAUGGAAAUUAAAGAUGUAGUGAGCGGAAUAUUAAAUGGCAAACAAUAUGACGCCAAAUUAAAUUCCAUCGAUUCCUAUUUCAUGGGACUACAUAUGUAUGGAAAGAAAAUUUAUCAUUUAGCUGUGGAAUGGUUUAAAAAUGCAUUGGAGACCUAUGCGGAUUCCGAAUUUAAUGAUAUAAUAAAUUAUAAUCUGCCGAAUGUAUAUAGCAUGUAUGCUGAAUCUUUAACUCAAGUUUAUAACUUUAAGGAAGCCGCCAGUGCAAUGGAAAAGGCUUGCAAGCUAUUUCCCGAAGAUGCAGAAUUACUAAGUCGUAAAAAUGAUAUAGAAAUGCGAGCUAAGCUGUAUAAUGGACCACCUAUAAUACACACAAAACCCGAACCAACUGACCACGAAAAAGGUUGCCGUGGACAAUUUGGUAACAGGCCAUCACGACUGUAUUGCAUCUAUAAUACAACUACAUCGGCAUUUUUACGCUUAGCUCCAUUAAAAAUGGAAAUUGUAAAUAUGGAUCCCUAUAUGGUAAUAUAUCAUGAUGUAAUGUCCGAUAAAGAAAUCGACGAAUUACAAAACCUGGCAAAACCAAAAUUACAUCGCGCCAGAGUAUAUAAUCACGAUGAUGGCAAGGCAAUCGCUAUUCAAAGAAGAACAUCGAAAUUUUCUUGGUUCAAGGAUAAUUUCUCGAAUACAACGAUGCGAAUAAAUCAACGUAUACGGGAUAUGACGGGAUUCGAUAUUAGCGGAUCGGAAUUACUGCAGGUGGCAAAUUAUGGUUUGGGUGGGCAUUACGAUGGUCAUUAUGAUUUCUUUAAUGUUUCAGAUUCUACUGAAGUUGUAAGGCUGCAUGGCGAUCGCAUUGCAACCGUUUUGUUUUAUAUGUCAAAUGUGGAACAGGGCGGUGCCACGGUAUUCCCCGAACUGAAAACUGCCGUUUUUCCUCGCAAAGGAACUGCUGUUAUGUGGUAUAAUUUGAACAAUAAUGUUGAGUGCGACUUCCGUACUUUUCAUGCUGCCUGUCCCGUUAUUGUGGGUUCGAAGUGGGUUUGCAAUAAAUGGAUACGUUCUAAGGCUCAAAUAUUUACGAAACCAUGUUAUAAAUAUUAA